AUGGCUCUGUCCCCGCGCCUGGUGGCCCUGGUGGCCCUGGUGGCCUCGGUGGCCCUGGUGGCGCCCCCGGCGCGGGGCUGGGACAGCGACGCGCCCACGGCCACGCUGGCGGUGACAAACGGGGGACAGUGGGGACAAUGGGGGGACCCCGAGUUCUGCCCCGGGAGAGGCUACGCCAGAGGCUUCCAGCUCAAGGUGGAGCCCCACAAGGGAUUCUUUGGAGAUGACACGGGGCUGAACGGCGUCCGGCUGCUCUGUGACAAGGCGGGAGAGGUCACGUCCAGCGAGGGGCCCCGCGGCGCCUGGAGCCGGCCGGAGUCGUGUCCGCCCGGGCAGCGCCUGGUCUCCUUCCGGCUGCGCGUGGAGGAGCCCCGCGGGCUCUGGGACGACACGGCCGCCAACGCCAUGGCCGCCAUCUGCUCGGGGGCUCGCUGCUCGAGGGGCCGCGGCGGCCCAGGCGCCUGGGGCAACUGGAGCGUGCCCUGCCCGCCCGGCGCCGGGGUCUGCGGCCUGCACCGCCUGGAGCCCCCCCAGCGCGGCGGCGACGACACCGGCCUCAACGACGUCGAGCUCUACUGCUGCAGCUGA